AUGUUUAAACCGUUACCAAACGUGAUAAAAACACCAGAAUGUGGGAAUGUACAAGAUUCCAAUUACGUUAUCGAUUGGGAAGAGAUAGCAAGAUGGGCUUUGGAACACGGAGAUCUAGAAGAUACAGGGGAUCAAUGCGAUCCCGGAGAAAACAGCGCGAGAACCAUUGAUUGGUGCCUUGUCGCCGAAUCAUUUAUGCGCGAUGAAGCAGCCGACAAUGUGUCUGACAUCUGCGACAGUGAUGCGAUUAACGAAUCGGUGCAGGCUCACGAUCAGCAUAUUUCUUUCUUAGAUACACAGCAAGAACAAAGGACUGAGAGCGAAAACUUUGGACGUCAAGCAGAUCGAGGAUCUUCAGCGGGACAAAGCAGAGGAAGACUUAUUCGCACCCCUGAACAACGUCGUCCAAGACCGCAAGCAGUAGGGAACUCUAGUUAUAUAGGCAAUUCUGUCCUCAAUCGCUCUAUACGUGAAUCCGACUUCAAUGAUACGUCGGGUGCCGAUUGGACUCCGUUAAGUUCAAUAAAGGAUUUUUCCUGCAUGGAGGCUGACUACAUGCACGAUUCUACACAGGAUUACGAAUCAGACAUAAUGUCGUAUCUCGAAAACAGAGCUGAGAGAAACCGACCAAACAGCAUGGCGGAAGGUUAUCAUCUUCCGGGUAGCACCUACGGAAGAGCAGAAAAUAGCGAUGAUUACAAAAUGUAUACAAGUACACCGAAAAGGAAUCAAAGAACAACCAGAGCAGAAGCCUUUGAAAUGCCUGACGGGUCUAAAAUGUUCAACGUAACGUUCGAAGAGUGCUUGAAAUUCGGACGAAGAUUGAGACACACCAGUGAUGUCAGGGACAACGAGGGGUGUCAAAUUAUGCAAUUGGAUCGUAAAAUUGAUGAAAAGCCGAACGGAACAAGGCACAGAAUCGACAUUGCUAGGAGAUGGCUUGAUAUGGACGACGACAACGGAAACGGGUUUUAUUGAAAAUUGUAAAACGUUGAUAGAAAAAAAAAAACAAUUCAAUUAUCAACAGUAGAACGUCUCUGUGACAAGGAACGUUU